AAACAAACUAAAACUAAAGAUCUGAUGUGCACCGUCCACCUAUAAUCCCAAGGCUUGUCCCAACAGCCAGAUCUAAAUAGACGCGCGAAGCUCAGCGGCGGUUUGUUGGAAUCACGUGUGUACAGCGGUAUACAGUAUGAAACUGUAACGCAAAGCAGGAAAGUCAUUGCACCGAAUAAUUCCCCCAAUUUCGUGAGGACUCCUUUGUUUACUUUGACACUUCCUUUUUUCUCUUUGAGACUUGAAUCUCUCCAAUUAACCCAUCAAGCGUAUAUAUAUUCGUCGGCUUUGCAAUUUCCAGUUUACUGAAUAAUUUUUAUCUCUCAAAUUUCUAGAUCUUUCGGAGAGUGGUCUGCGGAGGGGUUUAGUUUAGUUCAGAUUUUUCUAGGGUUUUCUUUUCUUGUACCUUGAUUUUGCUAGUAUAAAUGAAUAUUUUGGGUUUCUUGGAUUGAUGCAAGAAUCGAUCGGUGAGGAUUUCCGAUUGAUUUGUUGAAUGGGGCGCAGGAAAAAGUACCCUUGUGCAUGUGGAGGAUCUUGCCAAAUUCAGAGUUUUCCCCAGUUAUAAAUACUAUCGCAUGGCAGGCUAUGUUCACCGAUCGCUAUUAGGUCGAAAAUGUCGAAAAAUAUUUCUCCUCUACUAACCGGUAUCUGAUAGCAGUUAAUCCAUCGAAAUCUUCAGUAAUGGAAUCCAAGUAUUUGCUUGAUUAGGCUGCUCACGAUUUCCCAAGAAUCGGUGUAGUUCACAGCUUCCGAUUUGUUGGAUGGAGUGUUUGGGGAAGAAAAGGAAAGGAGUCGAUGUUUCACCAGCCUGUGAAAACGAUGCCGACGAACAAACUCAAUUAGCUGUACUCUGGUCACAUUUUUCGCUGGGAGAUUUUUCGAGAAAAAAGAAGAAAUGCAAGGAAAUAGUAGUGUCCAAAGCAGUUGAUUCAAGCAGAAGUGUUGUUAACGGUGUUGCAACUGCCCCGGCAUGUGGAACUGCUCGGCUGGAACUCCCCAGCAGAGGUCUUAAAAGGAAAAUUGGCUGUAUCGACAUUGCCACUCGUCUGGGUAGGAAAAAGAAGGUCGAUCAGGAAUAUGAAUUGACCAAAUCAUUGGGGCAAGGGAAAUUUGGGUCAGUUGUGCUGUGCAGGAGUAAGGUAACUGGUGAGGAGUUUGCAUGCAAGAUUUUGCGUAAAGGGGAGGAAAUUGUGCACCGUGAGGUGGAGAUAAUGCAGCACUUGUCUGGUCACCCUGGUGUGGUGACUUUAAAGGCUGUGUAUGAAGAUGUUGAGUCUUUUCAUCUGGUGAUGGAGCUCUGCUCGGGCGGAAGGUUGCUGGAUCAGAUGGCUAGAGAAGGACAGUACUCUGAGCGCAAGGCCGCCUGUAUAAUUAAGGAGGUCAUGCUUGCUGUGAGGUACUGCCAUGAGAUGGGUGUAGUCCACAGGGACAUAAAGCCUGAAAAUAUACUUCUCACUGCCUCUGGACAAAUGAAGCUUGCUGAUUUUGGAUUGGCUGUGAGGAUUUUAGAUGGACAAAGCCUUUCUGGUAUUGUCGGAAGUCCUGCUUAUGUUGCUCCUGAGGUUUUGGUGGGCAAUUACUCAGAGAAAGUGGAUAUCUGGAGUGCUGGUGUACUUCUCCAUGCUCUUUUGGUCGGUGUCCUUCCAUUUCAAGGCGAUUCUUUGGAAACCGUGUUUGAAGCUAUAAAGAAAGUGAAGCUAGAUUUCGCUGGUGGCGUUUGGGAAUCUGUAUCACAGCCAGCUCGUGACCUGCUUUCUAAAAUGCUGACAAGAAAUACAUCAGCAAGGUUUACUGCAAAUGAAGUUUUACGUCAUCCAUGGAUUUCAUUCUACACAGACCACACGCUAAAGACCCUGAUUCCUGAACCAAACAGGAGCCGCUUACGAUUGUCUUCAAGACAGCUGACUUUAAAUCACAGUCCAGAGUCUGAGAGAAAGAGAUCAAUAACCCAUAGCAGUCUCAGUGAUGGCUCUUGCCCAAAUAUAGUUUCCGGCUGUUCAGUUGAAGUAGUGGAGGACGAUGAUGGUGGUUUGGUUGAUGUAUUAGCUGUGGCUAUCUCGCGUGUUAGAAUAUCUGAGCCAAAGAGGAGCAGGAUUUGCAGCCCAUCAAGGCCCAUCGAACAAGAAUGUUCCUCUAACUUGAAGAGUAGCAACCUCUGUACAGCAUUUUAACCCCGAUGUACAAUUGGCCAGCAUCAUCGGUUUUUUAAAGUAUAGCUACUAUGAAAGGUAUCAUAACUUUAUGCUGUGUUGGAGCCUAACAAGACAGGAUGAUGAGGACUAACUUCUCGUGUACAUAGAGUGUUUAGGCUUUAACACUAAUAAAUAAGGUGGUCUCCUUGUGAUGCCGUUGGACUCUGGAUUUAACUUUCUUAGGCUUUCGUCUUUAAACUUUUAACAAUGAUCUUUGAAUAUGUAUGAAGGUUGUAGAGAGAGAUUUGUGUAAAUAAACUGUGUUUAUUGGAUGAUUUUGAGCAUUUGACAUAGGUGUAUGUUGACUUUACUCUCUCUCUCUCUCUCUGUGUGUGUGUGUGUGUGUGUGUGUGUGAUGUUAAGGCUGAAACUAUAAUCUCCGUUUUUGUAAAAGUGAAGUAUUGCAGUGUAUCUUAAGAUUAGUUUGCAGAUAUUUACCUGAUUUUGCUUGUGUAGGCAGCAGCUGAAGGGAGAUUGACUUUUACAUGCGUGUUGAUCUGCCAUUCUAGUUUAAAACUUUUAAAUUGGAUAUUC